UCCCGCCAUUAUUGCGGCCCUCCCACACGCGCGUAUUAUCACGAGCUCCGCGAGGGAGAGCAGAGAGCAUCAUAUAGUCUCCGCCACAAGCAACAAUGGCUGACUGAGCUACAGAAGCAACGAACAGAGGAGGAGGUGGAGGAGGAGGAGGAGGUACCUGUGGUGGAGGGGAGGCGGUGCCAAGAACCGAUGGAGCAGUACGAGGUGGUGGAGCAGAUCGGCCGGGGCGCCUACGGCUCCGCCUACCUCGUCGUCCACAAGGGCGAGCGCAAGAGGUACGUGAUGAAGAAGAUCCGGCUGUCCAAGCAGAACGACAAGUUCCAGCGCACGGCCUACCAGGAGAUGUCUCUGAUGGCGAGCCUCAGCAACCCGUACAUCGUCGAGUACAAGGACGGUUGGGUUGAUGAGGGGACCUCUGCCUGCAUUGUGACAAGUUACUGUGAAGGAGGUGACAUGGCUGAGAAGAUCAAGAAGGCAAGGGGUGUCCUUUUCUCUGAAGAGAGGGUGUGCCGAUGGUUCACACAAUUGCUCUUGGCCCUUGACUAUCUGCACUGCAACCGUGUGCUCCACCGUGACCUCAAGUGUUCAAACAUUUUGUUAACAAAGGAUAAUAACAUCCGGCUUGCUGAUUUUGGGCUAGCAAAAUUGCUCAUGGAGGACCUUGCCUCAACGAUUGUGGGAACCCCAAACUACAUGUGCCCAGAAAUACUAGCAGAUAUACCUUAUGGUUACAAAUCUGAUGUAUGGUCACUUGGUUGCUGUAUGUUUGAGAUCUUAGCACACCGCCCUGCAUUCAAAGCUGCAGAUAUGGCAUCAUUAGUCAACAAAAUAAACAGAUCUUCAAUAUCUCCAAUGCCACCAAUAUAUUCAUCAUCACUGAAGCAGAUAGUGAAGAGCAUGCUAAGGAAAAAUCCAGAACAUAGACCCACUGCUGGAGAGCUAUUGAGGCACCCAUAUUUCCAGCCUUAUCUUGCUGAAUCAUGCAGCUGCUCCCCAAUCUACCUUCCAGUGAAGCCCACCAAAAGUAACCUGGGAGACAAGCAGUCAAGAAAGCCAGGAAGUGGCAGAAAGCGAAUCAUCAAAACCAACGGAUCCAGGGAAGCAUUAGAAACCGCAGCAGAGCAAGCUGUGGAUACAAGAGACAGCUCCACAUACUUUUCAGACGUUUCAACAAUUGGAACCCAGGAUGCCUACAUUUCACAAGUAUCUGUGGAUCCUGAAGCUAGAAACAAAGAACAUCCAAACAUCGAUGCUUUAUCGCUUCAACAUACAGAGGAGAGUUUGAUGACAACUGAUCGACAGAUUGAUGAGACCAUAUUUCUUCAAGCUGUAAGAAACAGCAGCUUAGUAGAUGUUGCAGUCACCAAUGCGAUUCAGAAGCCUAAUGAGGCACCAAUACCAAACGAGGAACUGACCAUUGGAGUAGUGCAAGAGCAAAGAAAGGAGGUGAAAGCGCACUCUUGUCAAGGACCAAAACCAGGUGCAGGUGAUGUUGCCAUCGUUACAGAAGAAUCAUCACCAAAGAGCGCGAUGAAAUUGGCACAUGCAGACAGCACGCCUGCCGAGUGGGAUCAUCUGAACAUAGUACAGCAGAGAGCUGACGCACUGGAGUCUCUUCUCGAGCUUUGCGCCAAGCUGCUGAAGCAAGACAGACUUGAGGAGCUUGCUGGAGUUCUCAGACCAUUUGGGGAAGGAGCUGUGUCGUCCAGAGAGACGGCAAUAUGGCUGACAAAAAGCCUUAUGACUCCACCGAAAUUGGGAGGGUCGCCAAAGCUUACGUAGCGGAGAGAAUUGCAUAUGGCUUUGUUUGCAAGUGUGUUCUUCUGAGAGUGUAUAUAGGCUUGCUACAGUUCAUGAUUCUGUCUUACUGGAGGCUCGGGAUUCUAUUUAUCUUGAUGUAUAUGGGUUUGCAUGAGUCAAUGAGGGCAUUGUGUGAGCUAACUAUUUAUCAGAUAUUUACUGUACAAUGGCAUCUGAUGUCUGUCUGAUUCUACAAGUUUUCAAGUAAUAAUGAAAAUCACACCAAGUUCGUUUCC